AUGGAGAUGAAGGAGAUGAAUGCAAGGUCAGAAAAUAUAGAAACAGGUUCUAGCAUACCAGAUGUCCACCGCACUAGUUGUACAACAACCGAAGCUGAAUCUUCUGGUACCAAUCAAGUAAAGAAAAGUUCGAAACAAAGGAUCAGCACAAGAGAUAUGUCCCUUCUAGCAGGGGAAGAAGAUAUUACAAGGAAAUCAGUUGAACCUAUAAAAGUAUUCUCUGAAAAAGAUCUGAUAAAGGAAAUGGGAAAAGUAAUGUCUACUUUACAGCCAGAUAAUGAGUGGUCAAUCCGGAUAACUGCGAUGCAAAGAGUUGAAGGCAUAGUUCUUGGAGGUGCCGCGGAUUAUUCAGCCUUCCCCACGCUUCUAAAGCAACUCGUGGCCCCUCUUAUAACCCAGCUUCUGGACAGGAGAUCUAGUGUUGUAAAGCAGGCAUGCCAUUUGCUAAUUUUCCUAUCAAAGGAGCUACUGCGUGACUUCGAACCAUGUGCUGAAUUGCUUAUUCCGGCCCUUCUUAAGAAUGUCGUGAUCACCGUUCUUGUAAUUGCCGAGUCUGCUGAUAAUUGUAUAAAAGAGAUGCUACGAAACUGCAAAGUAGCUCGCAUUCUACCAAGAAUUAUUGAAUUCGCAAAAAAUGACAGAAGCGCAGUUCUUCGUGGCAGGUGUUGUGAGUAUGCAAUACUGAUGCUAGAGUAUUGGGUUGAUACUCCCGAACUACAGAGAUCAGCGAAUCUGUAUGAAGAACUCAUAAAGUGUUGCAUAGGAGAUGCAACUAGUGAGGUUCGGUCGGGUGCUAGGGCAUGCUACAGGAUAUUCUCCAGAAUUUGGCCUGAACGUUCUCAUCAGCUCUUCUCAUCAUUUGAACCAUCAAGGCAGAAAAUGAUAAUUGAUGAUGAUGCUGAGACCUAUCACAAGCAGUUGUCUCCAAUAGAAGGAAUUAAGCUCGGGCAACCUCAAUCUGUUCCUUGCAUUCCAACUGCAAUGGACAAGGUUGUCAUGGUCGAUUCUCAGACAUCACUGUCUUCUGGAGACCUGCAAGCAGCACUGGUGAAAACAUCUCUUCAGCAUUCUCAUAUGACCCCUCAAAUUCUAGCGGAAGAUAGUAAAGAUGGUUUAGCUAUUGGAAGCUCAUUUGAGGAUAUGAGCACAUUAGAAGAAGAAAGAAUUCCAGUUCCAGACCCUGAUGAACGCGUUUCAGGUAUCGGUUCAUCACCCCGUGAUUUUCUCCCUGCCACUCCAUUUGAACCAACUCCAGACAUUUUAUUGUCAGAAGCAACUGUCAUAGCAACUUUCCAAGACAAGGCCGAGUGCAAGCCGGAGGUUGAACAUAUAACUUCUUGUAAAGUUCAAGCAUCAGGGGAUCCUUCUGAGAUGUUGAGCCGCACUCCUGCUAGUUCGGAAGAGUCAGGAAACUUGCUAAACCAAAGGCCCACUAAAUCAAGCUCUAAUGGAAUAUCAGGUGGAAGAUUAAGGACCCAACAAGAAGAGAGGCCUUGUGUCAGAACUCCUCGAAAAAGUGUAGUUCCGAAGCAGUCACCGAAUAACCACACUCCGAACUUCCGGCGACCUCUCCUGAGUAAGGUGAUGACAAACUGGUUCUAUGCCAGUACAAGAGGUGAUUUAGAUGGUAAACAGCUGAUUAUUGGUGAAAUGGCCAAUAGCAUGGAUGUGCCCUCAUCUCUCACUGGGGCACUUUCUUUAGGCCUUAACCCCAAGUCAGAUUGGAUGAUGAGGGUAUAUGCAUUCAAUUUCUUGCGCCAACACUUGCAAGAGCGAGGACCAAAAGGCAUUCAGGAGGUUGCACAAAAUUUUGAGAAGGUUAUGAGGCUUGUUAGUCAGUAUUUGGAUGAUCCACACCAUAAAGUGGCACAUGCUGCUCUCUCAUCACUUGCUGAGAUCAUGCCGGUUUUCAAGAAGCCUUUUGAACAUUAUCUGGACAAGAUGUUGCCCCAUGUUUUCUCUCGAUUAAAUGAUCCAAAGGAGUCAACCAAGCAGCAGUGCUUAGCAGUUUUGAAACUUGCAGGUGAGAGUUACUCCAUUGAUUCUCUCUUACCUGCUCUGCUUCGUUCGCUAGACGAGCAAAAAUCCCCCAAGUCAAAGCUUGCAAUUCUUGACUUUGCAAAGGCCUCUUUUGUGAAAUGCACAGUUAAUUCUGACAUCUAUUCUGGUAGCAGUUUUCUUAAGCCGUGGCUUGGGAAGCUAACUCUUCUGUUUAAGGAUAGAAACAAGAAGCUAAAAGAGGCUGCCGUGGUUGGUUUAUCUUCAGUCUAUUGUCAUUAUGAUCCGGAAACCGUGUUAAGCUUUAUAGUUACCUUGUCAAUGGAAGAACAGAAGCAACUUACGCGGGCAAUAAAGCAGUUGAUCCCUAUGAUAGGGACCGACCUGGAAGAGUUCUUGCAGCAAAGGAGACAUAAACAGAAAGUGCCGUCUUUUGAUCGCUUUGCUGCUACAGAUCCUCAUCCCAGAAGUUAUGUUGGAAGGCAACAUAAAUCCCAGCAGCAUGACUCAUAUCAAUCCAAUGAUGUCAGAGGUGAUCAAGUAUUUAGCUCCGCAUUCCAAUAUCUCCCAAAUAUUCAGUCGGAAGUCUUUGGGCGUCAUACCGCGAAGGUUCAAUCUGAAUUGGGUAGUGAAUCUUAUGGUCACAGAGCUGAAAUGAUGGGUAAAAAGUUUAGUCCUGCAAGGCGAAGCAAGGAUAUGAUGAUGAAUGCUAGUCAGAGUUCCCAGAUGUAUCAUCAGGACGCGAGGAGUGUUUCUGUAACGAAUGGUCAUUCAGCGCCAAUCAAGAAUUUACAUCAUAUGUCCUCUCUCCUUGAGAUGCUUGAUGACCCAACUGAAUCCACCAGGGAGCUUGCACUUUCUCUAUUGGUUGGAAUUCUCGAAAAGCAAGAAAAGGCAUUGGAGAACUGUAUCGAGACUCUUGUAGUUAAAUUGCUACAUGCAACCAAAGAUUCUGCCUUGAAGGUAGUAAAUCUGGCGCAUAUCUGUCUGACAACCGUGGUUACUCAAUUUGAUCCACUGGGAUGCCUUCCGGCAAUUGCUUCUCAGUUGGUCUCCCAUGAUGAAAAAAUCCUUAUUGUCAGCAUCAACAGUUUGAGCAAGCUUGUGAUGCGGCUGUCACACGACGACCUGAUGGCUCAUUUGCCGACAUUUCUACCCAGGCUUUUGGACGCCUUUGAAAACCACAGCCCGUAUGUUCGCAAGGCUAUUUUGUUGUGCCUGGUGGACACGUACCUGAAGCUGGGGACGGCGGUGGCGCCACACCUGGAGCGGCUGGGUGGCGCACAGCUGCUGCAGCUCGUCGUGGCCACGUCGGCGAGCAGACUUUCGAGGGCGAACAUCUGA